AUUGGCAAAGGCUUUAAAGAUGGAUGAAAAGGAAAUGAAAGAUCUGUUCACAGAUGGUAUGCAGUCAAUAAGGAUGAAUUAUUAUCCUCCUUGCCCUGAGCCAGACAAAACCAUUGGCUUAAGUCCUCAUUCUGAUUCUGAUACCCUCACCAUACUUCUCCAGCUUAAUGAUACUGAAGGUCUCCAAGUUCGAAAAGACGGUAUUUGGGUUCCUAUUAAACCCCUCCCAAAUGCUUUGAUUGUCAAUGUUGGCGAUAUGAUGGAGAUAGUGAGCAAUGGUGUUUAUAGGAGCAUUGAGCACAGAGCAGUUGUAAACUCAAACAAAGAAAGGCUAUCUCUUGCAACAUUCAAUAUCUUUAAUCUUGACUCUGAGUUAGGUCCUGCACACAGCCUCAUUGGACCACAUAAUCCUGCAAAAUUCCGAAGUAUUCGUGUUGAAAAUUUUUUGCAGGAAUUUUUUGCACGAAAACUUGAUGGAAAAUUGUUCAUUGAUUGCAUGAAGUUAGAGACGAAGGAUGACGAAUCCCAGAUAGUGAACGAUGGUGUUUAUAGGAGCAUUGAGCACAGAGCAGUUGUAAAUUCAGACGAAGAGAGGCUAUCUGUUGCUACAUUCUAUUUCUAUAGCUGGAUGAAAGGUGGCGGGUCGAAGCUCGACCCCGGAUUGUAUCGAAUCAAAAUACGAAGUCAGAUCAUUGAGCCCAUGACUCCGGAACCGACCCCGACUCCGAAUAAGAUAGAAGAAAAUUUAUCAGGCCAAAUAACAGAAGGCCGGAAUAUCCGCAAUCGGUCGGUUAUCACGGCGGAAAUCUCGGCACGUAUCAGGGAGAGGCCGAUUAGUUAG